AGUGGCCACCAGCCAGCGUUUGAUUUAAGAAGCGUUUGUCUUUCCCGGCAUGUGAAAAGGGGGCAGUGGCUGAUGUACAACCAGUUGGUUUGAGGCGGAUUAUUUUGGGCAAGUCUGUGUGCACAGGCACCUCAAACGGAGAGAGGGAGCGAAAGAGAGCGCACGGCGCGCACAGUCCAGACGCAGGGCGGAGAGGGAGAAAGACGCACAGAUUUCAGUGGCAUUCUGCUCGUUCUCUCCCACACUGGAUACGCGCAACUCAUCUGUAUGACAGGGAAGCACAGAAAGAAGAAAUUUGGAUGCUUUUUUGUGGAAAUUACUGCAACUUGAACGAGCUUGCAGUUAAGAAUCGAAUGCUUUUCUACUCGCUUUGCGGGGAAAGCAAUGCAGCUGCUGAUUGAGCGAACACAGCAUUUAGUAAGUUACAACUGAAACUGACCUGCACUACAUUUUCCAGCCAUUUUUGGAGAGUCUGCUUCUGUAUUGCUCUGAAAUGCAACAGGGAAACAUGAAGGGACUCCUUUUGACGAGAAUGUGGAGAGUUCUGGCUGUUUUGGCGCUGGCAGCACACCACGUUUCUGGUAAGACGCUGAAAUAUCAGAUUUAUGAGGAGCAGAAGAUUGGCACGGUUAUUGCGCGUUUGAAAGACGACGUCGCGGAUGUUCUGGCUAAACUUCCUAGCUCAGUCUCGCUCCGCUUCAGGGCUAUGCAACGAGGGAGCUCGUCUUUCCUUACUGUGCGCGAGCUGGACGGAGAGAUCAGCAUCAGGACCAAAAUCGACCGCGAGAAACUCUGCGAAAAGAAUCUCAACUGUUCCAUUCAAUUCGACGUGCUGACGCUCCCCACGGAGCACCUCCAGCUUUUUCACGUCGAGGUGGAAGUGCUGGACAUCAACGACAACGCACCCCAGUUCGCCCGAGCCGUCAUACCCAUCGAGAUCUCCGAGAGCGCGUCCGUGGGAGCGCGCAUUCCUCUGGACAGCGCAACAGACCCCGAUGUCGGGGAGAAUUCACUGUACACGUAUGCCUUAGAGCCCAACAACUUCUUCAACAUUGACAUCCAGUCUCGGACUGACGGGGUGAAAUACGCCGAGCUGGUGGUGCUCAGGGAGUUGGAUCGGGAGGUGCGCUCCGGGUACGAACUUCACUACACGGCCUCUGACAGGGGCGUUCCCCCGAGAACGGGUUCGACCCUCCUCAAAAUCAGUGUCGCUGACUCAAAUGAUAACAGCCCAGUCUUUGACAAGUCCUCAUAUGUGAUAAAUCUGCCAGAAAACUCACCUGUUGGCACGCUGCUCAUCGACUUAAACGCCACAGACGCGGACGACGGCACCAACGCAAAAAUAGUUUACUCAUUUAGCAGUCACGUGUCUCCCAAAAUAAUGGAGACAUUCAAAAUUAACCCCGACAGUGGUCAUCUGACGCUCAUAAGACACGUGGACUAUGAGACCGUUAACUCGUACGACAUUGAUGUGCAAGCGCAGGACAUGGGUCCAAACUCCAUGCCCGCUCACUGCAAGAUCCUGGUGAAAGUGGUAGAUGUGAAUGACAACAAACCAGACAUCAGCAUCAGCCUCAUGUCCGCUCAAGGGAACGGGGACGCAGCAUAUAUAUCCGAGGCUUCUCCUUUGGACACGUUUGUAGCUUUGGUGAGGGUGGAGGACCUGGACUCUGGCCUGAAUGGAGAGGUAGAGUGUAAGCUUCAUGGUCAAGGUUAUUUCAAACUGCAGAAAACGUAUGAGAACAACUACAUGAUCCUGACUAACGUAUCUCUGGACAGAGAGAAGAGGUCAGAGUUCAGCCUGACUGUAGUUGCAGAAGACCACGGGACUCCCAGUCUCUCUACUGUUAAACACUUCACUGUGCAUGUAACAGAUGAAAAUGACAACCCCCCACGCUUUGAGAAGGGCCGAUAUGAGGUCUUUAAAUCAGAGAACAAUGCUCCUGGAGCUUAUCUGACCUCCAUCUUGGCCACUGACCCCGACCUGGAUGUGAAUGGACAGGUGAGCUAUUCUAUCUUGGAGAACUUUGUUCAUGGGAGCUCCAUCUCCACCUACGUCACUGUCGACCCCUCAAACGGCGCCAUCUAUGCGCUGCGAACAUUUGAUCGUGAGGACGUGAGUCGCAUCUCAUUUGUUGUGCAAGCCAAAGAUGCAGGAAAACCCCCACUGCUGAGCAACGCCACAGUAAUUCUCAACAUCCUGGAUGAAAAUGAUAACCCUCCAGUCAUUGUGGUCCCCCAGCUGUGGAAUUUCACUGCAGAUGUUCCCGCAUCAAAGUUCACAGAGACUGGACAUUUAGUAACUGUGGUCAGGGCAACCGAUCGUGACACAGGGGUCAAUGCUGAGCUCAUCUGCUCCAUCGUCAGCGGCAACGACGAAGGAUACUUUGUCAUUGACCCCAGAACAUGUGAGAUACAUGCCAAUGCCAGUCUGGAGAACUUCCCCCACGAGCACGUUGAGCUUACAGUUGUGGUCAGAGAUCAGGGAAGUGAAAGCCUCAGCGCUAAAGCCGUCCUGAAAAUCACCCUCUAUGAGAACAUGGAGAACCAGGGGCAGCUGCUUGAUCCGGUGGAGUCUUCCCUCGACAUUUCCCGGAUUAUCAUCAUCUUCCUGGGGGCCAUCUGCGGCGUGCUCCUCGUCAUCAUGGUGGUGUUCGCUGCUCGCUGCAACCGGGAGACGAAGGACACCAGGCACUCAUACAACUGCCGCGUCGCAGAAUCCACCCACCAGCACCACCCAAAGAAGCCCUCGCGCCAAAUCCACAAAGGUGAUAUCACCUUGGUUCCCACAGUGAACGGCACCCUCCCAAUCAGGGCUCACCACCGCUCACCUUCAGCCACGCCUCCCAUGGAACGAGCCCAGAUGGGGAGCCGGCAGAAUCACCACAGCCGUCAAUCCUUGAACAGCCUAGUGACCAUCUCGUCCAAUCAUAUUCCAGAGAGCUUUGCCCUGGAAUUGGCGCAUGCAACUCCACCAGUGGAGCAAGUCUCACAGCUUCUGUCCAUGCUCCAUCAGGGCCAGUACCAGCCCAGACCCAGUUUCCGUGGCAACAAAUACUCCCGCAGCUACAGGUAUGCAUUACAAGACAUGGACAAGUUCAGCCUAAAGGACAGUGGCCGUGGGGACAGCGAGGCGGGGGACAGUGACUGUGACAUGGGGCGGGAAUCCCCCGUGGACAGGCUGCUGCUGGGGGAGGGCUUUUCUGAUCUGAUGCACCUUGAGAUGCACCAUCGACUCCACCCAGCCAUGAGACUGUGCACGGAUGAAUGUCGCAUCCUGGGACACUCUGACCAGUGCUGGAUGCCCCCCCUCUCCUCACCUGCUUCCUCUGCUGACUACCGCAACAACAUGUACAUCCCCGGGGAGGAGUCCUCCCAGCAGCCUCAGCUUGACGAUGACCAGUCCUCUGUUGACUCGGAGUGCCGCAAAAGCUUCUCCACUUUUGGCAAGGAGCCCGAGAAUGAAGAGGUGGGGGCCGGAGGAGUUGUCCCCGGAGGAGGAGUUGAUGCAUGUGCAGCUGGAGGAGGGGCUGGUUCUCUCCUCACAGAGAUGAACUCUGUGUUCCAGCGGCUCUUACCCCCAAAUAUGGACUCCUAUGCUGAGUGCACUGAAACAAGCCCACCUUCAUCCUCAUCAAACACUGAAAGAGGAAGCGGACGGAGUGGCAACAGUGGUGGCAACCAUAGUAACAAUGCCGUUCCUCAGGACAACCGGAGAGGGUUGCUGCCAGGUGGCAAGGGUCCCGCUUACCCCCCAGGUGUGGCUGCGUGGGCGGCCAAUACCCACUAUCUAAACCCAGGAAGUGGAGCUGCGGCAAGCAACCAUGUGUCUUCAUCUUCUUCAUCUUCAACCUCGACCUCCAACCCCACCAGUGGACAGCCGCCACACCUCAAAUGGCUGCCAGCCAUGGAGGAAAUCCCAGAGAACUAUGAGGAAGAUGAUUUUGAUGGCGUCUUUCAUCAGGGUCACCAGAGUGGCAAGCGUAGCGAGAGUCGCCAUGAAGCCGGCAUGGACGCUAGCGAGCUGGUCCACGAGAUCAACAAACUGCUGCAAGAUGUCAGGCAGAACUAGAGAGGGCGAUGAUUUUAACCGUGGGAUGGGGGAGGGAACAUUUCACCACAUUCUGAUAGAUGCUUGUUCUGUGUGCCCGCUUAUAAAAACUUUAUGAUGGCAGUUUCGUUGUCCACUGUAAUGCUUGUCUUGUUCAAUUUACCAAAUUUCCUCUUUGCCUCUCACUCCUGAGAGUCGCGCGGAGAAGAGCAAAACACGGCACUGAAGAUGUGAUCGAGGUGACUCAAAGGCAUCAAAGCGAGCAUACAAAGAACACAUUGCUCAGCUAAUAUUACAGUCCCCCGGAAAGGUGCUCGAAUGAGCGAUUUCAAACGGAAAUCUACCAACAAAAACUGUACCCUUCCUUUAUUUGUAAUGUUUACAGCAGCGUGAACAGACUCCACGGGGAGAAACCAACAGUUGUGUGGUCUAAUUUCUGCUUCUACAGUGAACAAUAUUGUACAGUGUCUGUGGAAAAAAGGCAAACUCACUUGAAUAUUGUGCUAUGUCUCCUGUUUUGUUAUUCUGGAAUGUAACUGUACAAUUUGACCUUUGUAUUUUAAAAAUACACUCUUUUUUACUUCUAUAUAUUUAUAUGUGUCAAUGUAUGUUUGUACAGAAAAAGAAAACAAAUGUCUAUUUUUUAUAUUUGUCACUGCAUGUCUUAAUAUCACUUAAUGUGUCUCCUUUCCUCUGCCUAGUUUAUUUUAUAAAACAACCGUAUUUAAUUUUGUUAUUGAAUGUGCGUGUGUGCAUAUUAAAAAAGAAUCACAUUCCAAUGCAGUUCUAUGUUGGAUGUGAGUUUUGUAAGGUAACGUUGUGACCAGUGGGUGAUAAAUAAAGUGGAGGGAUUCAUAA